AGGAGAUUGUUGGGCGGUUUCUAAGGCAACUCCGCUUGGGUUAGCCCUCGUUUUCGUCGCGCCCCUUUCUGCCAUUGGCUCCUCCCCCUCUGGCGUCGCUGUCGCUGCUGCUGCUGCUGUUGCCGGCAGUUAAGAUGGCGGCCUUCAGCGCCGAGACAGACCUGGUCACGGGCUGGUGCCUCUUCGGUCUCGCUUUGCUGGUCAUUCUGGCUUUCUGCUGGGUUUAUGUCCGCAAGUACCAAAGUAGACGGGAAAGUGAAGUGGUUUCUACUAUAACAUCUAUUUUUGCCCUGGCAAUUGCCCUUAUUACAUCAGCACUCCUCCCAGUGGACAUAUUUCUAGUUUCUUAUGUGAAGAAUCAAAAUGGGACCUUCAAGGACUGGGCUGAUGGAAACGUUACCAGACAAAUUGAAGACACAGUAUUGUAUGCAUAUUAUACACUGUAUUCCAUCAUAUUGUUCUGUGUAUUCUUGUGGAUCCCCUUUGUCUACUUCUUCUUUGAGGAGAAAGAUGAAGAUGAUGGAGACACCUUCUCGCAAAUCAAAACUGCAUGCAAGUAUACGCUAGGAUUCCUUCUGGUCUGCACCAUUCUUCUGGUAAUUGGAGCCUUUGUUCCACUGGAUAUUCCCAACAAGAAAAAUUCAACAGAGUGGGAAAAAGUGAAGCUUCUGUUUGAAGAACUUGGAAGUAGUCAUGGUUUGGCUGCCCUAUCCUUUUCUAUAAGUUCCUUGACUCUUAUUGGAAUGAUGGCUGCUAUUACUUACACAGCUUAUGGCAUGUCUGCAUUGCCUCUGAAUCUAAUAAAAGGAACGAGAAACGCUAGUUAUGAACGCUUGGAAAAUACUGAAGAUAUUGAAGAGGUUGAACAAAAUAUACAAAGGAUUAAAUCAAAGUGUAAAGAUGGUCGGCCUUUAUCAUCUCGGGACAGGCGGGCACUGCAACAACUCGAGGAGAGACUAAGAGCCCUGCGAAGGAGAGGCCGACGUCUAGAAUAUAUUGAGAAGAGCUGUUGGUCAAGGUUCUGUGGAGCUAUAAGGCCAUUAAAAAUUGUGUGGGGAGUAUUUUUCAUCCUUGUUGCUCUGCUGUUUACAAUCUCCCUCUUCUUGUCAAACUUGGAUAAAGCACUGCAUUCAGCUGGCAUAGACUCUGGAUUUAUAAUAUUGGGAACAAAUUUGACGAAUCCACUGAAUAUGCUUUUACCUGUUCUACAAACUGUAUUUCCCCUUGAUUAUAUCCUCAUUACUACUAUCAUCAUGUACUUUAUCUUCACCUCAAUGGCAGGAAUUCGAAACAUGGGUAUAUGGUUCUUCUGGAUAAGGCUAUACAAGAUCAGGCGGGGGAGGACACGGCCACAAGCUCUUCUCUUUCUCUGCAUGAUACUCCUGUUGAUUGUUCUUCAUACCAGCUAUAUGAUCUACAGUCUAGCCCCUCAGUAUGUUAUGUAUGGAAGCCAAAAAUAUUUCGUUCAGAAUAAUAUGACACUUGAUGGCCACUUGGCAAAUGUGACAACAUAUGAGCCUAAAGUCUGUGAUGCAGAUGCCCCAGAAGACCAGUGCACUGUUACUCGGACAUACUUAUUCCUUCACAAAUUUUGGUUCUUCAGUGCUGCAUAUUACUUUGGAAACUGGGCUUUUAUUGCAGUCUUUUUAAUUGGGUUAAUUGUGUCAUGCUGCAAAGGGAAAAAAUCUGUCAUAGAAGGUGAAGUGGAUGAAGAUGAUUCAGAUACCAGUGAUGAUGAACCAUCGCUCUAUUAUGGUUGAAAGCCCUUGGUCCUGAAGGUUGAAGCAUGCAGCAUAAAACUGUGAAAAUUGUCAUUUUGAUUUGAACUUUUCUCUGCCCUUGAAAGAAGUUCACACUUUUGCCAAUGUUAAUAUGAGGGACAGGUGAUACAGCACAGAAUUGGGAAAUGGGAUCUUUUGAGUGUAUUAUUGUAUUAUAGCAAAUGUACAUAUAUAGCUACAAAAGAGCUGAUUUUUAUGAAGGAAUGAUUAAAAAGUAUUAUUUUUUUGAGUAUAUCCUCCUGAUAUUGUAGCGUGUUCUUUAAUUUAGUUGGCUUUUUGUUGCUAGUCUUCUUUAGUUUUACUUUAAGUCUCAUUUACUUCGACAUGGUUGAAAUACGUAUAUUCAAACUGAUUAAUGUAUAGAAAUCUAAAUUAUUAAAGUUGCCGAUACCUGUUAAUAUACACCUAAAAUGCGCAUGACAGUAACUUUAGUGACUGCUGGGUUCCCAGAAAUGUUGGAUUACUUUUGAUGAUUUCAGUGAGUAACUAAGUAAAAACAGUAGGCCUUUUCAGGCAGUUUCUCGCCAUCUCGUGACUGAGGGCAGGUUCAGGUGUUACCUCAGCAUGUCCUGCCCUCUGGGAACCUGACAUCAAUAAGUGAAACUUCAAGCCAAUGACAGAGCUUGGGUUCCUUGAGGGGAGUAGGGCAGGAUAUGCCGAGGUUGGCUUUUUUGUCCAAACCCACCAAUCUCAGUAUAUCAGAACCCACAACUGCAGUAGAGGCUUGCAGUGGGGAGCACACGAUGUGGCGGUGGCAACCUCAGAUGCCGCUCUUACAUCUCAAACCUCUCUGAAUUGUAGGUCUAAGGGUCGCUCACUCCUGCUCCCUCCUUAAGCCAUGUAUACAAUAGAAUUGCUCUUGAAAGCAUCUAUUUUUAAUACAAAGCCUCCUCUAACCCUUGUAUUGCAAUCCUACAUUCAGAGAAAACAUGGCAUUGCCUAAACUGUUGAAAUUUGGUAUUAUCAUUUUGUUCCACAUUUAUAAUUAAAUAUAAUGCAUAAUUUAAAAUCAUGCCAAUUUUUUUCCUGUAUCAUUUGUAAAAUAAACUUAAUCAGAAUCUUGGCUACAGUUACUUUGUGUUGAGAUUUUUAGACUUCUUAAACAAGAACUUAAAUUCUUGUUUGAUUUAAACAAUUUAAAACAUCUAAUUUUCAACUUUUUUGGAAAAAAAGUUUGAAACUUUUUUGAAUCAAAAACAAGCUAUUUAAUCUUCACUGUUCAUUGACUUAUUAUUCCUUAAAAAUUUAAAUGUAUAGUUAACAAAACACUUGUGAAUGAAUAUUUCCAUAUUGCAGCUAUUGUGUGUAUGUAGCUCCAUGAAAUACUUCUGCCAUAGUUUUGGCUGGACAUUGCAUUUUUAAUUAUCCUAAAUAAUGCAAGCAUAACAGCAUUUGUGCACACAAUCCUCCCUGCUCUCUCCUCCUAGGGCAGAUCCCUCAGUACCCUAGAAAGCUACUCCUGGGGAUCAGGAGACACUUGGGAACAGUGUAGGAUAAAGCUUGGGUGACUGCAGUGGAUGCAGACACUUUCCAUGAGCAGAUCUCUGCCCACAAAGGUACUUCCAUAGGGCUUCUGGGUAUUUCCACUACAUCCUCCCCUUACCGCAUCCCACACUUUCCUAUGUAACCCUUGGGGACAUAUUCCUGGAAGGUAAAAAGCACUUAUGGACCUAGAGGAAACUGGCAAAAAUUGUUCUCUUUCCCCUUGCAUGUGUGCACCACUACUCUGGAAAACUGACUGAGUUAAGAGCAGCCUCUCCUUACAUGGGGAGGCUCCUGCUGUAUCCUCUGAAUGCUGCUCUGUGUAUCAGCCACUGUGUAUUUGUUUUCUAAUGGUCUUCAAACCUGGUAAAAAGCCAGGUUUAGUUGUUUGUUGGAGGCGCACAAAGGUUUCAUCCUGCUUCUAAUUUUAAUGCUUCUCAGCGCCUUCCUUGUUUCAGUCUCUGUGCCCAAUACAGCCUUCAAUUUUCUAAGUAGCAUGUGUUUAAGAGCAGAAACAAUGCAAAGGACCAGCAUUAAUGGCUUUUUGUUUUUUAAUUUCCUUGCUUAUAAGUGGGCUUCAGUAUUUCUUUGUUUUUAUGUCAUGAUACAGGGAACUUUUCGGCUGUAGUGCCCCUGAAAUUGCCCUAAGUUCCUACAAUUGCCCUACAUUUCAGUGGAUACAACAUGAAAACAUGUUGAUUAGGCAUACUCGGCCAAUAUGUCACUGAUGAAUGCCAGACUUUGGGAGAUUGAAUAAAGUCUUUUCAUUUGAAUUUUUUCUCCAUAAUUGCCUUGGAGUGGCAAAACACAACUUGCACAAAGCCUUUUUAAGCCUAUACAUGUUAUGUACAGCUUUCAAUUUCAUUAGUUUUUGCUCACAAUGGAGUAUCUUCUUUGUGGCACCAGUGACCCUGUGCUAGGGUUAUGUAAUAUAUCAUUUUUGAAAGAAGUGGAUUCUGUAAGAAACUUGCAUAAUGAUACAUGGAACAAAUGUCUUCAAUUGACUCCAUCAUUCCAUAAAACAGUGAGCACAGACUUUCCUAUCCCAAGGACUGGAUGUAGAGUUGGAUCCAAAGAAGCACAAGUGGAAUUCUGAAGUCCCAGCCACACUUGCAGGAUAAAGUGACAAAGAAUAUAAAAUAUUGAAAGACUGAAGCACAUUCAAACUCUGUAUUGAAGUAAUAGCAAGCGAGGAAUUUAUUUGUGAGUUGCCAUUCCGUUAUAUUUUAAAUGUAGCAAUAAAUUGUUUGCAUAUCUCUUUAA